UGUAAAUGUAUCUUCCUACACUACUCUCUCUCCCCUAGUGGAGUACGAGAGUGUGUCCUGACCUGCAAUGCACGUGUGGGAUUCAACAAUCAACAAAAAAUUGUGUAACAAGGGGGCCAUUAUAACGAACAGCCGGAAGCGUCUAAUCGUCCUUUUAGACCUUUUGUUAACACGGAUCUCUCUAGACACGAUGGCACCCAAGAAGUCCUCCAAGGGAUUGGAUUCGCUUAACCAGCGUCUCGGUCUUGUUAUGAAGAGUGGAAAGUACACUCUAGGAUACAAGUCAACCCUAAAGACUCUUCGAUCCGGAAAGUCCAAGCUGAUCAUCAUUUCAUCGAACUGCCCCGCUGUUCGCAAGAGUGAGAUCGAGUACUACGCCAUGUUGAGCAAGACCGGUAUCCAUCACUACCACGGAACCAACAUCGAUCUUGGAACUGCAUGUGGUAAGUACUACCGCUGCUCUGUUCUUAGUAUCACUGAUGCUGGAGAUUCUGAUAUCAUCCGUUUCAUGCCUGAGCAACAGUAAAUAUUAGACAGUUAGUGCCCGAGAAAUAAAUCGUGUUUUCUACCAUCUUUUGGAGUACUUCAACCAAUCGCUGUGUGGACAUAGAAAGA